GAAACUACACAGCCAGGUCGUGUGCCGACCACAUGGAACACGGGGAGUCUCACUGUGGAUAUUACGUCGUCGAUGAUGGACAAGAAAGUUACGUUGUCUUCUGUGAUAUGAACACCGAGAUUGGAUUUGCCUACACACUCAUCGAGUCGUUUGCUCUCAAACACAACUCUUUCUUUCGAUCGAAAAGUCUGACUGUCAAUUGGCCUAUCAAUGAGAAUUCACCCAACUGGAACAUGUACCGUCUCUCUCACAGCAGAAUGUCCCGUAUUAGAGAUCGCUCCACCUACUGGAGAGCCACGUGCAACUUUCCAUCCGUGGGAAUUGACUACCAAGACUACGUGAGAGCAAGAAUUACAGAAGUAGAUCCAACAAAGCAGACCUUGUCUGCGACUUGCAAAAAGGUAGAAUACAUCAAUUUGCGUGGUCACCUGGGAUUACAGACGACAGUUCCAUUUUGGAAUAGUAAUGGCGUUCAUAUGCAUACUGACAGCAGCAACACAAAAUGUGCAUUUAAACCCAACACAGGCGCAGUGAAUUCUGAAGACAACUGGGGCUACUACGGUACGGUGAACCCCAAGUUUCGUUGUACAGCAACAGCAGAAUCAACAACACAAUACUGGAUGGGAGACUACAUACGGGGCAACGUGAAAGACAAGAAAGCACAGUGUAAAGACUGUGGAAAAAUUUACUAAACGUCUAGCAAUCAAUGCGUGUACACAAAUGCAGCUGUGGUUUGCUCGACUCCACUGUUCAAGGUGUAGUUUACAAUUGAAACAGUUACUGUACAACAGUUUGCCACCAAGUGUAGAUUAGAUAUUGGAAACUUAUAUUGGUGAAAACGUUUGUCGCGCGUAAGUAGAUUGGUGAAAAAGA